UCCCUUGCAAAAGAAUUCCUGCACAGGAAACCGGGAUGCUUGCGUCGAUAAAAAUCAACAAUAAAGAUACGCAAAAUACAUGUAUUUUAUUUAAAAAGUGUUUCAAUAUAUAAAUUAAAUAAGUGAAAAGGUUACAAUUUGCGUGUGCAUCUGUGUGCCACUUAAGUCUAGCUUUAUUUCUUGCUUGCGGCUUCCUUCUUUUUUUUUUUUGUCUUCGCUUCUCGGCACCAAGCGAAAGUUGCAGCCGACAACGCCGACGCUCAAACCGCCCACAAACUUCUCCAAUUUUCUGCUGCCAGCUGCAUCGAAACGGUAAAUACAAUAAAAAUGUCGCUAGAUGGAGCGCAAAUGAGUUGUGUAAAUGCCGCUGGUGGAUCUACAGUGGCUUAUACGGCAAAAGGAAACAAAUUCACCGUUGGCUCCUAUCUUGGCUGCGAUUUGGUUUUGCCCGAUGCGGAGCGCAUUCACUGCGAAAUCCAAUGCGAUUCCUUUGGCAGGGUAACCAUUUACAACCACUCGCGCAACAAGCCCAUCUUGUUAAACGAUCAGAUCGUGCAUGCAACGGCCAAGCGCCCAUUGCCACAUGGUGCACGCAUUCAAAUCCUGAAUGAUGUCUACAGCUGGCAAUUUGCUAGAACAACCGAUGAGCUCCUCACGCCAGAUCGUCCACCGGCAGAGCAGGCGUCCAAUUCGGCGCCGAGCCUUAUCGCUCAUCGACAGCGUCGACAAUUUGAAAAUCGCCUCACCGUCCACAACUUUCGAUAUUCAAUCAAUUCGGACGAUGAAGGCAAUACAUCCAUUGAAUUGCGCCAGCUGGAGAUCACCUCAAACAGCAAUGCGGCUGAAGAGCCAGAGUGCAAUGAACUGGAGGAGAGUAUGCCCAAAGUGGAUCUGCUUGAGGCGACACAGAACAAGGAGAACACCAGCACACUCAUCAAUAAAACAGUGCUGCAGCUGUGCGCUCGCUCUGACGUAGUCAUCACUUCGUUUUCACCGCGCCAAACGGGCGUCAAAAUUGAGAAAUCCUUUACGCGUGUGGUCAAGCCGAGCACAGGUCUCGGCUUACUGUCGGUGGCGACAACACCGAGAAGUGUUUAUAAUACGCCAAAGAGCGUGCUUUCCGAGCAGAACGAUGACAGCUGCAGUCGCGAUUUAAUGGAAUACAGCACACCAUCAACAUCCAAAAUAGCUGUGGCUGGCAUGCGAUCAUCUUCCAUGUAUCUGGUUGAUUUAACAACCCCUCAGCGACUAAGGCCAACGCUUAAGCAGACGCCUGCCAGCAGUGACGUCAUAAGCGUUGAUUCCACCGACGAAUCGUCGGAUGCAUCGCCAUUGAUCAUCGACAUCACCAACUCAGCCAGCCCAUCCACAUCGAUGAUGGCAAGGCAAAAGUCGCGUCCGUUAGCCAAAACGCCCAAGGACCAGCUGAUGUCUGCCGGUGGUACGCCCAAGCACACAUCCUUGGUGAAGCGUGCAGUGCUCAGCAGCGCCAAGAAGCAGUGUCUAUCAGUGCCGCGUCGCCUGCCAUUACACCACCCACAGCCACAAUGGCGUACACCAGUCCGACGAAAUCUGUCUGCAUUGGCGGAUGAAGCACCGAUGACAUCGCCACGCGAACGGCAAACCUCAUCCAUUGGCAAGCCGCGCCACACGAUAACCUCGCAACGGCGAAACACGCUUGCCGCCGCUGUUAAACUGAGCGGCGUUGGCCGGAGCAACAAGCUGGUGGCCAAAGCCUGUCGAGCUCUCAACUCGCCCAAGCAGGGGCAAUCACCACAUCGAUUAAAGCCAACGGCAAGUUUUGCACCAAACGAAGCCUCGACACCCUCGCGUGAACAGAAUACGUCGGCUGAGCUGAGUCGAACGUUUACCAUUGAUGGCGAUGGUGACGAAGUGCCGCAUAGUCCCACAGCUGCAGCACUUGAGGCAGUUGCUUCCUUGAUAACUGAUGGGGAGACUGGCCAGCCAUUCCCCGAUCGGAGUGUAAGCAAAAAGUUGUAUGAAUCUCUCACGAGCGAGGAAAUGCAGAGCAGCUCAAGGCGCACGUAUUUAGUAUGUGUCGAAAAUGCUGAAAUUUUCACGGAGAACGGCAAACAUAUUGAUCAAAUUGUCAAUCCCAAUGAUGCUGCGGUAAAAGAUACACUAAACCGAACAUUUGAAGCGAAUGGUUGUCUUGAAAGAGCAGCGGACACUUCAAUCACCAGCAAUCAAUCCCCAAAGGCAGAAAUUGCUAUUAAGAGUAUAGGCAACGAUGCGCAUGUUGAGGAGAAAGUUUCCAGCAAUGGCAAUUCAACUGAGGAGGAAUUGACAACUGAAGCCGUCGAUGUUAUUGAGGAUAGCAUUUGUGAGGAGGUGGUCACUACCACAACUACCACAAAUCAAGAUGCUACAGUGGGAAUCACACAUGUGCGUCUGGUUGAGGAUACGAUUUGCGAGGAAGUGGCAACCAGUGAGGAGCACUUUCCCACAGCAAAUGCUAGUACCGACUCUCAAGAGAAGGAAGAAGAAAAAGUGGAGGAGGACGAGGCAAAUUUGAUAGUGGUAGCACCGCCUGGUCAAACGCCAACACCCACACGCAGCUUGCGACGCUUUUCAAUGGAUCAGCAGAAGACAGUUAGCUUGACGCCCAGGAGAAGCGCACGUCUCCAAUCCAUGGAGCUUGGAAAGCAGCCAACGCGACGCGCCUCUUGCUCGGCAGCCCUGGAAAGUCUAGCCGAAAGUAGUGUGCUUGCAACACCCAAACGAAAGCGUCGCCUCACUGAAAAUAUGUCCACGCCCACGCGAAAAUCACUGCGUCUGCCCAGCCAUACACGAAAGAGAUCGGCGCAGUUGGAUGAAUCUGUAGGCGACAUGGGCGUUGUUGUGGAGGAAAUGGCUGCUGAACAAGCUGAAGCUGACAAAUUGCCAGCGGAUGAGGAUUACGGCACUGAAGUACCUGCUUCGGAAGCAGAUGCGCCGUACAAAAUUGACUAUCACGGCAUGCGGGAGCUGCUCAAGACUCCGAAGAGCUGCAGCACUCCACGGUUCAGAGGACUGCGUGAAUUGAUGCGCACUCCGAAGGUGACAGCGUCGCCCAUGUUGGACAACAUUGAAGAACUACUGGAGGGCAACUCAAACGAUGCUUCGGCAACUCCCAAACGUCAGAUAACUGCCAACCGUCUCACAUUUGAUCUGACACAAUCCGAGCCAGCUGGCGAUGCACAGGAUAUGUAUUUCAAGACGCCGCGUGCCAAGAACCUAAUGAUACCAAUUGAACCCGCCAGCGCCGUGUUGCAAACGCGCGACAAUUCACAAGACACAACCACCGAAUACGAUUUGAAUGCGACUAAUGCCACACUGCACUUGGACAAAAUCUUUGAUGAUGUCCUAACAGCGGAGGCAACUAAUGCGACAAUCACCGUCGAAGAUUCGGAAGCCGAGAUUAAUGUAACUACAGUGAGCACUGGCAACGUAAGCGCUGCAGAUCCCUUGGCUACAUCUGCAGCUGCGACUAUGGUGUCGCAUAACAACACAUCAUCCGAGGCUAUGAUGACAAUUGGAGAUAUUGACGAAUCCCACAAAGAUCCUUUAACAAGCACUGCAUUCAAACCUGGAGCUAGAGAUGAUCUCAAGCUAAGCGCUCUGAACGACGAGCGUUACGCUAAUAAAUCCAAGUCUCUGGACGUAUGUGAAGUGAGUGGCAUACAAUUACUGGAUCAAACCAGCGAUUCCAUGUUCUCGGAACAACUGAUUGUCACCGGAGUUGACUCUUGCGAUGUGACCUUGGAGGAAACAAGGCCGAUUGCGAGUCGCACACCCAAGAAGGACUCACUGGAAGAAUCCUCUACGGAUUCGACGGUUGGCUUGGCAGAGCCUCUAGUUCUUAGCGAUGAUCAGGAUGUGGUCGAAACACCAAUUGAACAGAAGAACAAUGAUGGCCAUGAAUCCGAAGCCUCAAUCGAAGAAUUGGCCGUGCAAAUUGAAACACCAAAUAAAACUCAAUCUGAGGUAGACUUGAAUGCUUCGAGCAUUAUUGGUGCUCCUAAAUCGCCAAUUUAUCCUAUUGACACCAGCCAAGCUAGUCGUAGUGAGAGCGAGGAAACUACGACAAAUCCUGUCGAUGAAUCUUUAAUCAUAAUGCAAGAGGAUUCAACGCUUGAGUUGGAUGCGUCGAAUGCAGCCGACGAGUCAUCAAGCCAACAUCUAAGUAAAGUUCCAGAUGAAGCGGCAAAUGAUGAGUCACUGAUUAUGCUAGAUUCUUCAAAUGCAGCUGAGGCUGAUCUUGAUCCAGAAGCGGAGAGUGUUGAAAAGCAGUCUUCUGCUGAAGAUGCCAAUGAAGCACUUAUUCUUGAUCAACUUGAUAAAGAACUAGAUACGAUUACAGCCACUGCCGAAGAAUCGCCAAUUGGCAUAAAUGCAAUUGAAGAAGCUCUUAAGGCGUCCAUCGAAAAAGAAUUAGAGCAUGACGAGGUAAAAGAUGCAAAAGAAGCUGAAACACCUUUACCUAAAGAUUCAACAGAAGAGCUUGAAGCUGAAACUGAAAUUGAAACUAAACCAAAUCAGCAAAAGGCAAGUAUUGAAGAAUCAGCAGCUCCGUUGGAAAUUGUAGACUCAAAAGAAGCAAAAUUAAACAGUUCGAGCUCAAUUGAUCUAGUAAAGGAAAGCACAACAAAAUCUACAGGAAAUUUGGCAAAUGUGUCGGUUGGGACUAACCUGGAUACUUCAGUUGUAACAGCAGCUAAUACGGUUAAAGAAAAUCUUGUUAAAUUAAUAAUUCCUGACAUUAUUAUAACAUCUCCUGAAAUAACGUCCAUGGACAUUCAAGAUCAAAAUGAAUGUCAAGUCGAAACUAGCCCUCUAAGUGAUUCGUCAAUCGAAGGGUAUGCUUCAACUGUAGACGAAAGUAAACAGAUCGAAGUAACAUCUACACAAGCCAAGAAUGCUGCAGCGGACAAUUCUAAACUACAGCAGGAAGUCCAGGAAGCUUUGUCAACAUCUACUAAAGAAUUGUCGACCAACAAGGAGCCAUCAAAGUUAAAUGAGUCCGACAAUGUGGACAACGAGCAACAGAUCGCAUCGCUGGAGAUAGAAACAACUAAGGACGAAGAGGAACUGAACGAUACCACAGAAGAAGAUACUCCCCAGGCAGAUCUAGAAACGAGCGCCACAAGCCAGGAAGAGUCGUUAGUCGUUGAGCUUGAUGAUGAAAUUGAAAACAAAUCCGUAGCAAUUGAAAAGUCUGUUGAUAUCCCAUCGAGAUCUUCAGAAGAAUCAACAGCCGACACAAAUGAAGUUGAGGCUGUUGCGGAAACGAUAAAUUUAGAUGAUUCAAUGAUUGAACUAAAUGCAUCAGUUGCACUCAAAAGCGAUAAGGAGGAGCAAGAAGUCAAUGAGGUGGUGUCCGAAGUGUUAUCCGCAUCAGUUGAGAAACCCGUAACUGAGGAUGACGAAACAGAUGUAACUGCUGAGGAAGACCAAAACGAGUCUUUAAUUGAAUUGGAUACUGCAGAUCCAGCUGAAACAAACAAUGGACAGGCUUCGAUUGAUGAAAAAGAUUUUAAAACUGAAUCAAAAUCUGCUAAAACAACAUCAAUUGCGAUUGAUGAAGACCCAAACAUGACUCAGAUCGAUGAUGAAGUCAGAAAUGAAUUUGACAUUCAACUGGACUCAUCACUUGCAACAGCAGAUGUUGAAAAAGAUGCUGAAAUCGUAUCCAUAUCUUCGAGUAAAUCGUCAAUGGAGGCCAUGGACACAAAUAAAACUGACCCAUUGGAGUCUUCUAACACGGAUGAAUCCAUUAUCGAAUUGGCUGCUGAUGAUUCACUUUUAGCUGAAUUUGAUGAGACUGAAAUCGACGAAUCUGCUGAAAUGUCCCGAAAUAAAGACGAAACUGCGCCUAAUGAUCCAAAUUAUGAUGUUCAGGUUGUGGAAGUUUGCGCUGUUGAAGAAUCUUCAAUUUGUAUUAUUGAUUCAAAGAUAGCUCAGAAUGUGGUGCCUUCCAACACAGAUGAAUCCUUGAUAGCAUUGGAUGCUGAGGAUAAGGCUGAAAUUCAAACUGCUAAGAAGGCUACAAGUGAAGAGCUGUCCGAUGAAGAAUCUGCGCCUGAAGUUAAAAAGGAUACAGUUCAGGAUGAGGGAGUUGCUGCUGUUGUAGAAUCUUCAGUUGAGGCCAUGGAUACAACUACAGCUGCGAAUGUGGAUCCUUCCAACACAGAUGAAUCUUUGAUAGAAUUGGAUGCUGAUGAUUCAGCUAUAGCUGAAAUCCAGGAAUCGACUGAAAAGUCUAUGGAAGAAAAGCAGUCAAAUGAAGUGACAAAGGAUGACGCUCAGAAUGAAAAAGUUUCAGCGGAAUCGUCAAUUUCGGUCAAGGAUACACAUAGAAUUGAGAAUUUAGAACCUUCUAACACAGAUAAAUCUUUGAUAGAAUUGGCUUCUGAUAAUAAGGCCGACAUCAAGGAAUCUGCUGAUCUGACUAUAAAUAAAGAACAGUCAAAAGACAAAAUUGCGUCUGAAGUUAAAAAGGAUGUUGUUAAGAAGGGGGAAGUUUCAAUUGAGGUUAUGGAUACAAAUAAAUCUGAAAAUUUGGAGACUUCUAACGCAAAUGAAUCCUUGAUAAAAUUGGCUGAAAUCCAGGAAUCAGCUGAAAAGCCUUUAGAAGAAGAGAAGUCAAAUCAAGUUACAAAGGAUGAUGUUCCGAAUGAAAAAGUUUCAGCAGAAUCGUCGGUUGGUGUCAUGGAUGCAAAUAAAACUGAGAAUGUAAAGUCUUCUAACACUGAUGAAUCAUUGAUGGAAUUGGCUGCUGGUGAUAAUUCAAAAAUCCAGGAAUCUGCUGAACGGUCUAUAAAUAAAGAGCAGUCAAAUGACGAAACUGUGCUUGAAGUAGAAGUUCAGAUAGAGGAAGUUUCAGCUGUUGCACAAUCGUGUUUUGGUGUUAUGGAUACAGAUAAAGCUGCAAAUGUGGAGCCUUUGAAAACAGACGAAUCCUUGAUGGAAUUAGCUGCUGAUGAUUCAGUUAAAGCUGAAUUUGCAAAGGCUGAAAUUCACGAAACCGCUGCCCGGUCUAUAAGUGAAGAGAAGUUAAAUCAAAUCGCAAAUCAUGAUCAGAAUGAAAUAGUUUCAACUGUUGAAGAAUCGCCUGUAGAAACUGAUGAAGACCAAGUGAUGGCUGCUUUGGAUACUUCAAUUGGAAUUCAAUCAGUUAGUAAGGAAACAGAUGAGGGCUCAACUUCAGCGGCAAAGUCUGUCAAUAAAAAUCAAGUUCAUGUCGAAAAAUCAUGUGACAAUGUGGUUGAUUUGGAUGCUUCGAGCAACGCUGCAACCAAUCUUGAAAAAGAAGUUAAACCAUCGCCUACUGAAGAGAUCAUAGCAGAGGUGGCAGUUUCAGUUUCCAACUUAAUCGAUUUGCCCUCAACUGAAACUAAAAGUAAUCAAAAUGGUGCUUCGACCGCUGAAGCAACUCCCAUCAAAGAUAUGUCAGUCGCGAUCAAAGAUCGAAAUCAAGUUAAUGACGAAACUAAGCCAUCAAUUAUGGAUCAGUCGGAACUGAAAGUGUCAGUAGAAGCUAAAGAGGAACCAACCACUAAUGAAAAGUCUUCAGGAGUGCCAGCAAUACAAAUGGAACAAAUUGACGACGUAAUUGAUUUGGAUACAAGUAGUGAGGAUGAUCUGGAAUUAGAAGCAGCUAAUCGAAUCAAGCAAAGCUCAUCUAUGGUUCCUCAGCAGCAGGAAAAAGAUAUGUCAACAAUUGCUAAAGAACCCAUUGUUGUGGUCCCAGAAUUAAAUGCUUUCAGUGCCAAUGAUACUAUUGCAGCUGACGAAAUAGAAACAAAACAAUGCAAAGAAGCUGAAGUUGAGAAUCUAUCAAAACAAUGUGAAAAGAAUAAACCCUCAACGGCAGCCGAAGGACAAGAUCAAAUACAUGAGGAUGAGAUUCCGACAGAUGCUUCAGUCGAAGCAACUUCAAGUCAAGUGAUUGAAUCGAAAGAACCUGUACCUGAGCCUAAGCUCGCGGCAGAUAAACAAAAAGCUGCAGCUCUUCUCCCAGAAGAACCAAUAAUUAAAAAAAGACGCGGACGAAAGCCGUCUGUGGAUAUUAAAGGAUUUGAAUCACAAAAGGAGAACAAAGUGGAAGAUGUAAUCGACAAUGACUUGGAACAAAUAGAUAUGUCAAAAGAAACAAGCGAGCAACCAAAACCCACACGACGUGGAAGAAAACCAAUGCCAGAAGCGGAUAAAGCAGAAGCGCAUGCACAGAAGCAACCAGAAAAAGAAUUAGGAGAAGAAAUAACAGAAGAAGCGCACGUGGAUCAGCCAAGAAGACGGGGACGUCCUCGCAAGCCAUCAGCGGAAGUUGUUGAGGUUGAAGUUGAUACACAACAAACUCCACAGACCAAGCGGCGUCUCCGGAAAGCCUCAGCGGAGGUGAGAGAAACACCUGAACGGAUACAACCCACACGCCAUGCACGCAAAGCAUCAGCGGAAACUGUGGAGGUCGCGGCGUCAAUCGAUGAACACUUGGAAGUCAUAGAGGAAGCUAUCGAACCGACGCAAAAGAAGCAACGACUGGAGAAUAGAACCGAUGCGAACGCGGAGCAUAAGCAACAGAAAAGACGUGGCCGCACACCAUCGGUUGCCGUAGAGGUUCACCAAGAAUCGCUUGAGCCUGUGAAGCCAUCGGGCUCGCGUGAGAAGAGCGUGCCGCGACGCGGAAUAGCGAUCAAGGCGAUCAACGAGGCGUCCGCACAAAUAGUUGAGCCAGCUGACAUUAAGCCAAAGCGACGCGGCAGAAAGCCUACUGCUCAGGUGGAACACGCUGAUGACGAUCCGUUGGAGUCAAUAGAAAUAUCCACUUCUACUUCAGGGAAGGCCAUCAAUGAGGCGACCGAACCAUUGGUUGAGGCAGCUGACAUUAAGCCAAAACGACGCGGCAGAAAGCCUACUGCUCAGGUGGAACACGCUGAUGACGAUCCGUUGGACUCAAUAGCAAAGUCAAUUUCUACUCCAGAGAAGGCCAUCAACGAAGCGAGCGAUCUCGUAGUUGAGCCAGCUGAGAUUAAGGCAAAGCGACGUGGCAGAAAGCCUACUCAGGAGACACACACUGACGAGCCGUUACUGGAGUCAAUAGAAAAAUCCAUUUCUACUCCAGAGAACGCCAUCAUUGAGGCGACCGAACAAUUGGUUGAGGCAGCUGAGAUUAAGCCAAAGCGACGUGGCAGAAAGGCUUCUGCUCAGGAGACACACGCUGACGCGCAGCCGCUGGAGUCAAUAGGAAAAUCAACUUCAACUCCAGAGGAGCCAUCAGCCGAAAAGCAUAUAACUCAACGCGGUCGCAAGCCAUCGGCUUAUGUUGAGGCCCCAGUGGAAGAACCGCCUCAAGCCGAAAAGAAGCUAACUCGACGCGGUCGCAAGCCUUCGCCAUAUGUCGAGGAACUAGCAGGGGAGCCGCCACAAGCCAAGAAAGUAAACGCUCGCCGUGGAGGCAGGACCUCGUUGUCAGCGCCUAGAGACGAGCUGGAGGUGCCGGUGCCGGUGGCAACUGUGAUGACUGCUAGCGACACGGCAUCACCAAAGCCCCAGCAGUUGCCCAGCUCCGAGGAUGAGCUGACACCACGACGUCGCGAGGGUCGCAACUUGCCACGCAAAAACUAUGAUGAAACCCACUAUGACGAUAAGCUUAGCGCUCCGUCACGACGGGGACGUAAGCCUGCCGUCACCAAAGCACCGAUUGCAUCGCCCACAAUCAAAGUGGUUGAAACUGAAGCAGCGCCAUUGCCAACAGCGUCGGUGCCCACCACAAAGCAACAGAAGGCAGGAGUGGAACCAGCCAUGCUGGAAUCUGUGGAAUCCAAAACUGCCGCUGGAGAAGUAACUUUGUCAGAGCCCACAAGUGCACAGCGGCGCGAGGGGCGUAAUAUGCCACGCAAGAACUACAGUGAGACCUCGGACGAUGACAAGCCGGGCACAUCGCGUGCUCGCCGCAUACGUCAGCCGGUAGCCAAGGCGCUGGAGUCGCUGGUGAAUGCAGAGGAGCGACCUGCAACGCCCAAACGUCGCAAGGCUAAAGUCGAUGACGAGGAGCCGCUGGAGAAGAAGUUUGCAGCAGAGGAGUCCACGCCACAAUCCGUGGCCAAAUCUCGUGUGGGCACUCGACGUAAAGUAGCCCUUGUAGAUGAAAUUACAGAAGUCGAAACAGCUACACCAGCGGCCACCAAACGUGGUCCACGUAGCCGCAAAGAAAACGCCACCAGUCAGCACGACGAGUCUGCCUUAGAUGUGGAUGUGGUGCCGCCCAAGCAGCAGCCCGUCAAGCGCAAUGCACGCAAAGCCAAAGCAGUCGAAGAGCAAACAGAAGACGAUGUGCAACCGACCAACAAAAGAGGGCGAGGCGCUGCACGCGCCAAGACACCAGUCGCGGAGCCAACCAAAGCUAUCGAUGUGGAUGUUGUUGUUGUGGAACCGACAACGCUGGAGGAAGUGCCGGCCACCACCAAGAGAGUGCCGGCAGCACGUGGACGUGCACGCGCCAUCAAGGUCGUCGAGGAGGCGGAAGCCGUGCAGAAGACGGCAACGACUCUACGAUCAGCACGAGGUCGCAAGGUGCACUUCGAGGCGACGGUUGCGGCAGAGGCGGCGCCUCAACGUGCCACACGCUCUCGCCGCAAAUAAACACAUUUAUUAUUUUAGUAUCCUAAAACCGUACGUUUUUGUUUUUUGUUUUAUGCGUCCUGUGUACAAAAGAAGAAUUGUUUACAGAAUGGUAGUAUAUGUAGUUAUGUAUUGUUAAUUUUUAAGUUACAAACAAAAUUAAGGAGACAGUUUGGAAAAAGAAGUUAUAAUUUUAAGACAAAACACAUAAAUAUGAAUACAUGAAUAAAAGUUUUGAAAUCUAGAUAUACAUAAU